CUUCAAACAUACAUUGAAGAUCCAUCUGUUUUUAGGAAAUUUCUUCUACCUUCCAAGCUUGCAGACACUUUGAUUGUUUACCUUCUUGAGCGCCUCCCUGAGUUUUAUGAUGAGUUAGAACAUGACUCCUCAAGUUCUUGUACGUCUCGGUUGAUACUACACCAGCUAAGAUGGCUCGAUUAUAUCGUUCAACCUGAAUUAUUGACGGAAAAGUUAAUGGAGGCAAGUUUUCAAUUGACAUUGUGUCCUAUUGUAGUCUACUUAAAAGAGCUAAUGAGCGAAAACACAGACUUGAUGGUUCCUGUAUUGGAUGCUUUGUCCAAUUUAACGAUCCAUUCUGAAGGCUUGGAAGAUGUGAGAGAAACUGUAUUGGAACGGCUCGUAUCAGUAGAGUUAGAUGCUCUACCAGUCAUUGUCAAAUUCUUGUUGCAGACGGUUACACCGCAAACAGUCGACUGGGUUGUACUUGAGAUAAGACAAAAGUUGGAUUUCAAACAGCUGGGUAAAAUACAGGAACAGAGUACUCAGUCAAAAGAAAAAGCAGUAAAGGACACUCCGGAAGCAUUGAUUUUAGAGUCCAUCAAAACUGGAUUACAAUUUCACAGAUUUGUAUGCGAUUCAUGGCUGAAGUCUAUCGUUGCAUUGCACUCACAGCGAGAACACAAGCUGAUCGACAUGUUAGUAUUGAUUAUUCUAUGCUCAAUGACUUCGAUGAAGAAGAAGGUCGAGAAUAUUAUAAAAAAGAAAAUUGUUCAAGGAAAAUUGACAGCAUCCCUUUUUGAACAAACCAUUCUUUAUCAUUCUGACGGUAUAUCCGGCUAUUGGAACACAUUACUCACGCUAGCUGAGAGUCUUCUGAGGUCAUGCCAACAAAACAACAGUAUUUCUUCAUGUGCUGCUGCUCUUUAUCUCAGUUUAUUUCAGUCAGCGGAUGCAUAUUACAGACAGGAAAUCAUUGGUGCUUUAGUCACACAUAUAGGAAGUGGGAUAGAAGCAGAAAUUAACACAGCUUUAGAUGUGCUCCUGAAACUAGUUCAAAUGAAUGCAUCAAAUGUGAUUGGAUAUAGUGUAUUUAUCAAAGGGAUCUUGGAGUAUUUAGACAAUCUAAAUGAACAUCAGAUUCGAACGUUAUUCGAUAUCUUUAGCCUGCUUGCAUUGACGGUAUGA